AAGCAUUCCGCGGACAGCUCUUGGUGCUGAAGUGAACGUCCAGUAUCCUGCAGGAGGAACCUGUCCCGCAUUAAAAGCCAUGAUCACCGGAGCGUGCUGGAAAUGUCUGCUCCUCUCUUUCUUUUUUCUUCGGGGAUCCGCACAGAACUUCGCCCAGACGAGGUUUAUUUGUACGUCGGUGCCCGUAGAUAUGGAUAUGUGCACUUCGUCAAUGCAGAACAGUGGUCCCAACGAAGACUUGAAGACCACAAUUCUGCAGCUGCGCGAGACGGUUCUUCAGCAAAAAGAGACUAUUAUGAACCAGAAGGACACGAUUAGGGAACUGACCACGAAACUGGCCAGGUGCGAUGGUCAGACUUUGUUGGAAAUUCCAUCCAAUGAACCUAAAACCGCUGCGCCUGGCACAAGGAGGAAGGAGACCGGGACUUCCAAAAACACAAUGGGUGAUUUGUCUAGGACCCCAACAGCUGAGACACUAGUCCAGCUUGGGCAGUCUCUGCAGUCUCUAAAGACUCGACUUGAGAACUUAGAGCAAUACAGCAGAGGUAAUUCAUCCACCCAAGCCAACAGCCUGAAGGAUUUACUGCAGAACAAAAUAGAUGACUUGGAGAAGCAGGUUCUGUCUAGAGUAAACAACCUUGAAGAAGGGAAACUGACCCAGAAGAAUGAUACUGAGCAGAGAGGAAAGAUUGAGAGCACCUUAACCAACCUACACCAGAGGAUCACAGAUUUGGAAAAAGGUCAGAAAGAGACCAGACCAGCAGACAAAUUUCAGCUCACCUUCCCCUUAAGGACAAACUAUAUGUAUGCCAAAGUUAAGAAGACUCUACCUGAAAUGUAUGCCUUCACUGUUUGUAUGUGGCUUAAAUCCAAUGCAUCACCAGGAGUUGGCACCCCAUUUUCUUAUGCAGUACCUGGACAGGCCAAUGAGCUGGUUUUGAUUGAAUGGGGAAACAAUCCCAUGGAGAUACUCAUUAACGACAAGGUGGCAAAACUCCCAUUUGUAAUCAAUGACGGAAAAUGGCAUCAUAUCUGUAUUGCAUGGACGACCAGGGAUGGGGUUUGGGAAGCAUACCAAGAUGGCAUCCUGAGAGGCAAUGGAGAAAACCUGGCUCCCUACCACCCUAUUAAGCAUCAGGGUGUGUUGGUGCUUGGUCAAGAGCAGGACACACUGGGAGGUGGAUUUGAUGCAACUCAGGCGUUUGUUGGGGAACUAGCUCACUUCAACAUGUGGGACAGAAAACUGACAGUGGGAGAAGUGUAUAACUUGGCGACUUGCAGCAACAAGGCAUUGACGGGAAAUGUCAUAAGCUGGUCAGAGAACAACAUAGAGAUCUUUGGUGGUGCCACCAAGUGGACAUUUGAUGCAUGCCGUCAGGUCAACUGAGAAUAAUGGAUUUCCAGAAAGAUAUCAUCAGUCUCAUUUGACACCCUGCCUUCCAAAUGAGGGCUCAUUAAGGUUGUUUAAUUUUUUUUUAAUCCUGCAAAAAAAAGGCAGAAAAUGUCAAAUAACUCAGCCAAGCACACUUGUUUUAUCAUAAAGAAUUCACCUACCGGAUCUCAAACUUUGAGUGAGAGGUUCGGGUUUG